AUGGACCCCUGGACAGGACAAGAGCCCAUCAAGGUGAUCGGGGUUGUCUUGGGCAUCGGGCUGGCACUGCUGAUCCUGGCGAGUUUCGGCUACACCUUCGUCCGCUGGUACCGCAGGGGCCACUCCCGGCGCCGGCCUGACUUUGUCUUCAACCUCUACCACUCACGUGGGCUGGGGUCGGUGGCACUGGAGCUGGUGCCACCGUUCAGUAUCAGUGGCUUGCUGGGCACCUCGGGCAGUGGCUACGAGCCCUUCCACAACCAGGGGCCAUGA